AUGCACGUCGGAACAAGAAGUUGCUCAAGCAGCCGGGGACGGUCGUCGUUCUACGGAGUAGCUUUUGCCGACGUGGUCGAGCAGGGAGAAUUUGCGCCGCUCUCCGCCUUCGUCUCUCAUUUUUGGGGAGAGGAGACCCUGUCGUUCGCCGAGUCCUUGCGCCUGCAUGGUGAAACAGUGCACCCCAGCAAUCCAGGAGCGAUGUGCUACUACAUCUGCUCGUUCUCGAAUUGCCAGCACCUGGUCGAUCUGGGAUCAGAUUGGCGCUGCUCGCCCUUCAACCGCGCACUUGAGCACGUCGCAGAAUGCCGUCGCGUGAGGCAGCAGUCCGUGUAUUGUGCCGUGAUGCUGUUCGACGAGAGGUGCAGCACGCUGGAGCGGAUUUGGUGCAUCUUCGAAAUCUGGCGCUGCUGCCAGUUGGAACUUCGGCUCGACCUGUUCACUGUGGAGGGGCAGCUGACUCGAAGAUCCAGCACUCCCCUCGCCUGCAAGAUCCGCGAUCAGGCGAAAGUGCUGGACGUGUCCAACACCGCGUGCUCCGAGAUGAGCGACAAGCGCAUGAUCGAAGCAGCUGUAGAGACGAGUGGCAGCAACUGGGCCCAAAUCGCUGGCAUGAUCAAGCUACAGAUCACAAGCCUUGUGGAGUUCUCUGCCAGCCUGGCCAUUUCUCGGAAUGCCCUCACAGGCGAGGAAGUAAGUGCCGAAGACGUUGAGAUGAUGAUGUCCGAGACGUUGCAGGUGCGAAACUCGUCCAGCAUCAUCAGCGACUGCAUCCAGGGGCAUUUGCCGCGCCUCGUCAUCAUUGGGCAAGGAGGCUGCGGCAAGUCGAUCUUCGCGCGUGAGGUGGUGAGGAGGGCUGUUCAGGCCCUGAAGGAGGGACAUCAUGAUACAGUGAUUCCACUCCGGGUGCCCUUGGCAGAGCUGGCGAACCUUGAGGACCACGCAGUCGAAGUCGACUUGUUGCAGGUCUGGGCUGCGCGAGUUUUCGGGAGGGACGGCGAGGAGCUUCUCCGAGAAGAUCGGCGGCUCAUCCUGGUCCUCGAUGGUUUGGAUGAGGCCGGCAAGGGCCGCCGACGAGUCCUCGAUUGGCUCCAGCGGUGGCUGCAGGCCAACGGCCACCGGUGCGUUUGCACCAUCAUCGCCUCUCGGCCGUCCGGAACCAACCAGGUGCUGGCCAGCGAUGGCUCCGCCCGCGAGCCGGCGGCAUCGGCCGUGCUCGGGCAGCUCUCCAAGACGUCCCUCCGACUCCUCACCGAGGAGUGGGUGCCGGCGUCCUCUCAUUGUCGGCUGCAGGAUGGCGAUGGGAAAAGCUUGGGAACUGGCACGGUCGUCUCCUGCGAGAUGGGCUUCUUACUGAAGAAGGAGGUGGUGGUUGAGGUCGGCCUGGAGCUUGGGGUGCAUCAAGUGGAGGUUCGACGGAAGGAGCCGGGAAAGGUCUUCUCUGCCGCGGUGUCCCUGGACUACGCCGAUCGCUCCGCUGCCCAGGUCCUUCUGGAGCAAGCGUUCCAAGAGGCCGGCGGCGAUCCGACGGAGUCGCAUCGUGCUGUCGUGCGCCGGGCCGACGGCAAGCUCUGGAAGGAUGAUCUGCAGAAGGACCGCAAGAAGCCGAUAGCCUGGGACAAGCUGGUGCUGUGGCCCAAAGAAGCCUUUCCUUGCCGUGCCUUCCUCACCGACACAGACGACCUGGACGUGGAAGAGGACUCGAGCAUGGACGAAUGCGACGAGUUGUCGGAAAUGGGCGUGGACUAUGCCAUGCUCAUCGAGGAACACCGAAGGCAGGCACUAAAUUCGCGGGAGAUCGCGCAUGUGCGAGUGAGCCUGGAUGAAACGUCGGUCGGGAUCUUCCUGGCAGCAGAUGUGUUCCCGGGGGAUGCCAUCGUUUUGGGAAGCGCCUUCCACGAGCUGCUCCCUUUCGACCGUUGCUUCCAGACGGCCAUGGCCACGGCAGCCCCGUGCUGCCCAUCGAAGCUGACCGAGAUUACGGUGCAGCAUGAGCUCUCCAUGCAGCUGGGUUUCACCCCGGUGGAGAUCCUGCCGCUUCGUCCUUCCGUGGCCUCGAGGAUCUCCAAGUUCGGGGAGGCGGAGUUGGAAGAGCUACCCGGAGCGGUGUGGCAGACACCGCUCAUGGCCAGCAUGCUGGGCACGUAUCGCGACCGCCAGAAGGAGAAGGAGCAGCUUGAUGCUGCCACGACAGAGCUGGUGCUCGUGAAGCAUGCAGUGGAGGUGCUGAUGUCGCAGGCAGAGAAGCGCACGGGUGCCAAGAACCUCCGAGCAGAGCUCAGACCGCUUUGCCUUGCCAAGCUCCAGGCGGGCCAGCGGCUGCUGUUUGAGCCGGAUUUCUCCAACCAGGUGGUCUUCCAAGAAGCUCAACUUGGGCACUUGAGAUUCUUCGAGCCGGCUGGGCAAGCGGUGCAGCUCUACCACCUCAUCAUGCACGAGUAUCUAGCUGCAGAGGCCUGGAAGGAGGCGUCUCCAGGUUACAAAGAGGCUUUCGCCCAGGCGCAGCAGCAGCCCAUGCUACGAGGAGCUUUGCGAUUUCUCCUCAUGAUGCAGACGGCUCAUGUGGAGGAGGUGGAGAUCAAGCUCCCAGACUCACAGAUCGGUUCUGCGGAUAUGGAGGCAUUCAAAGGAGCUUUGCUCUGCAGCGAGAAAGUUGCGCUCCAUUUGGGUCGAAACCGUCUCGGUGCUGAAGGUGCCAGUAGCUUGGCUUCGGUGCUGCCGAAAAACCUUCGGGUGCUGUGGCUGCAGCUGUCCGAGAACGGUCUCGGAGCUGAGGGUGCCAGCUGUGUGGCGUCGGCGCUGCCGAAGAACCUCCGGGUGCUGCGGCUGCAGCUGUCGGAGAAUGGUCUUGGCAAUGAGGGCACACGAGUCCUGGCCGCCGGCCUCGGUCAACUUCCCUUGGAGGAGCUGGCGCUGAAUCUGCAGUGCAACGGGCUUGGUGAAGAGGGCGACGCAGGAGCCGCCCUCCUUGGUGAGGCCUUGAGCUCCCUUGGCGAGUGCGGGGGAAAGCUGCGGCGUCUGAGCCUGGACUUCGCCAUGAACCGAGUGGGCGACGACGGCGCUGUGGCUCUGGCGAAGGCCCUGAGCCUGUUGGCCAGCGAGCUACGACACCUGAGCCUGACAAUCCCAAGGAACGGAGUCUGCCUUGAGGGCCUCCGGGCCCUGGCGGCUUCCCUGGCGCAGCUUCGGCUCGAGGAGUUGACGCUGGACCUGAGCAAUCAGGCCGGCGUGAUCUACGCGAACACGCUAGGUGCCGCGGCUGCUGUGAUCCCUUUGGCGGAGGCGCUGGGCUCGCCCGCUCUGGCCGGGUCUCUGCGAAGUCUCUCUCUGGAGCUGCACCAUCAACAAAUCGGUGUCGAGGGCAUGCGGGCCCUUGCCGCCGGCCUGGCCAAGCUUCGUUUGGAGGAGCUGACGCUGGGCGUUGUCAAAAACUUCCACGGCGACGAGGCCGCGAUAGCUCUGGCAGAGGCCCUGAGCUCAUUUGGUGAGUCAUUGCGACGCCUGGCCGUGGACCUCGCUGAAAACGCCGUGGGCGCUAAGGGUGCACGUGCCCUCAGCGACACCAUCGCCAAGAUUCACCUCGAGGACCUAACGCUGGACCUGAGCAACAGCAAGCUGGGCAACGAAGUCGAGUUUCUGAGCUCCCUGGGCGCGGCCAAGUCUCUCCGGCGCUUAGCCCUGAAGUUAGCCAGGAACGAACUCCGUGUUGAGGGUGCUCACGCCCUGGCUGCCGCUUUGGCGCAGCUUCGUCUCGAGGAGCUGACUGUAGACGUGGCGCACAAUGGUCUGGGCCCGAGUCUGGUCCUCCUGGCGCGGGCGCUGGCGGAGGCCGGGCCGAAGCGCCUCAGUCUGGAUUUGCUCUGGAACGACGUUGGCCCGGAGGGGGCCAGCGCCCUCAGCGAUGCCAUAGCCAAGCUUCACCUCGAGGACCUGACGCUCAACCUGGGCAAUAACGUCCGAGGCGAUGAGGUCAUCGUCGCCUUGGCUCCGGGCCUCAGCGGAGCCCAGGAGCUGCGGCGCUUCGCUUUGCUUCUCUCCCAGGGCGGCGUCGGCGAUAACGGUGCCUGUGCUUUGGCCGCCGCCCUUGCGAAGCUUCACCUCGAGGUCUUGAUGUUGGACCUGACACAAAACAGCCUUGGCGAUGAGAGUGCCACGGCGCUGACUGCCGCCGCAGCCAGGUUGCCUCUGAAGGAGACCUCCGUGGACUUGAGCGGUAAUGAGCUGAGUGAGGAGGGCGCCAGAGCUCUGGCGUCUGCUGUGCUGCCCCUUAGAAAUCCCUGGCUGGACUUCUACAGCUUCUGGGACACAUGA